UUUCAGUUUUGAAGUGCAACAACAGCCCUAGGAGUUAUGAAAAUAAGUCGGAGCCUCGAGUGCUGAAAAGUGCCACUUGUCGGCUUAUGGAGCAUUUAGUUGGACGUGCUUAUGCCAUACAGAUUCCCAGCCCUGGCAAAGAGUUUAGCACUCAUAUUUCAUUUUGCAGCUUGAAUAGGACUGUAUUUUCACAGAAGGAGGAGAGAGACAGA